AUGCCACAAAACUUGGACCAAACUGUGGAGAAUAAAAUCAAUCAAUAUUAUAUGGGAGGGAGAACAAGUGUCCAUGUGAAAAGGCUGGAAGUCUUUGGGCCGCAUGCGGAUUUAGCGUUGCCAGUGGACUCUAAGUUCAAAAUUACUGAACUUGAUGCAAAACAUUGUAAUUUUGAAUACUACCUUCCAAUUAUCGACCCGAUCAGUUUUCCGCUAAAAUAUCUGAGAUGUAAAUUGGCCGGACUCCAUACUUACAAUCACCCGGUCUUCCGUUCUGCGGAAUCUCUUGCAUUUAACAUUUUCGAAGAACAAAGUGAAGCAGAAAUGAUAUGUCUUCAUAAACUACCAUGCAAAACUAUCUCAUUCGAACAUUACUCCCUCGAUAUGAUUGAUAUGGUGAGUAUGAUCCGAUACUGGAUGAAACAUCCAAAAGAGAUUGGCACAAAGUACACGUUUGUCGAGUUUGAUAGUAAACUUGUGUAUAGUGAGUUGAUACAUUUGAAACGAGAGUUUGAGGAAAUUCGACAUGAUUUGGAAGGAACAACUGUGAAAGGCAACAACUAUCCACGUUUUUUGAUUUCAUUAACUCUGACAUCGAAGCUUCAUGUUUAUGCAAUUGACAACAAUGAACCACAUCUCUUAAACUUUAUCAUCAAAUUAGUACCGGAAUCUGGAGCGGAAUUUUCUGGAACUGAGCAACAGAUGGGCGCUCAAUUGUCAAUUGAAUAA